CAACCUUUAAGUUAUCCCAAACUAUGAAUAGACGACGUGGACAUGAAGAAGAAGAUGGAUAUGAUCGUCUUCAUCGAAAAAGGCGCCGUGUGUCGGAGAACCAAGAAAUUGAAGAUAGAUUAGAGUCUUUAAUUCUAAGAGUAGGUGAGAAAAGUAGUUCAAGUUUAGAAAGCAAUCUUGAAGGCUUAGCAAGUGUUUUAGAAGCUGACUUGAGCACUUUCCGCGUCAAGAUCCUGCGAAUAUUAACAGACUGCGCUAUACGUAUGCCCGAAAAAUGUACAAUAUAUGCUACAUUGGUUGGUUUACUCAAUGCUAAAAAUUAUAACUUUGGUGGUGAAUUUGUGGACUACAUUGUGAAGACAUUCAAAGAAAAUUUGAAGACUGGCAAGUGGAAUCCUGCCCGAUACUGUUUACGAUUUAUUUCUGAUUUAGUAAAUUGUCACGUACUGGCCGCUUCAUCAUUACUCACUUUGCUAGAAACAUUAGUUGAUGCUGCCAAUGAGGAUGGUGUCCCUCAGGUCAGACGAGACUGGUUUGUGUUUGCCGUAUUGUCCACUUUACCUUGGGUUGGCAGAGAAUUGUAUGAGAAGAAAGAAUCUCAAUUAGAUCAUUUAUUAGUGACAAUAGAAGUAUUUCUCAACAAAAGAAGUAAGAAGCACUGGCCAGCAUUAAAAGUAUGGUCAGCUGAUUCUCCACAUUUGCAAGAAGAAUAUUUAGAUUGUCUCUGGGCUCAAAUUAAAAAAUUAAGACAGGAUAAUUGGUCAGAGAAACAUAUUCCCAGACCUUAUCUUGCUUUUGAUUCCAUACUUUGUGAAGCAUUGCAGCAUACUCUUCCUAGUAUACAGCCACCGCCACACAAUGAGGGUGACACAUACCCCAUGCCUCGAGUCAUAUUUAGAAUGUUUGAUUACACCGACUGUCCAGACGGUCCGGUAUUACCAGGAGCACAUUCCAUAGAGAGAUUUCUUAUUGAAGAACAUCUACAUAACAUUAUAGAAGCAUACCAUUUAGAACGAAAGGAAUGUGCAGCACAGCUACUCUGUUUCCCAUAUAAAGCAAAGAUUCCCUUAGAAUAUUGUAUUGUUGAGGUUAUGUUUGCGGAGUUGUUUAAUCUACCGGUGCCGAGAUAUUUGGAGAUUUGUUACGGUUCAAUACUUAUUGAGCUCUGUAAACUGCAGCCGUCCACUAUGCCUCAAGUACUAGCUCAGGCUACAGAAAUCUUGUUUAUGAGAAUUGACACAAUGAAUAUUGCUUGUUUUGACAGAUUUGUAAACUGGUUUGCAUACCACUUGAGCAACUUCCAAUACCGUUGGUCCUGGGAGGAUUGGGAAGGCUGCAUCCAAUUAGAUCCAGAACAUCCUAAACCUAGGUUUAUAAGAGAAGUUCUCGGAAAAUGUCUCAGGUUAUCAUAUCAUCAAAGAGUGAAGGAUAUGAUUCCAGAAACACUAGCACCAUUGGUGCCUUUGAAACCAGAACCAAUCUACAAAUACUCUAUGGAAGGAGCAGCGUCUCUCCCCGGCACGGAGGCUGCGCACCGGCUGGUCGUCUGCGUACGUAACAAGUGUACGCCGGAGGAGGCGCUGAACGUGUUGCGCGAGCUGCCCAACCCGCUGCGUGAUGGUGACGCAGCCCCCCACCCCCACUACAACCCCCUCAAGAUAGACGUGUUCGUGCAGACGCUGCUCAAUCUUGGCAGUAAGAGUAUCUCCCACAGCUUCGCCGCUAUAUCAAAGUUUCACUACGUUUUCAAGAUAUUAGCGGAGUCCGAAGAAGCACAGAUCUGUGUACUAAAGAACGUGUGGGAGCUGUGGCAGCGACAGCCGCAGAUGGUGUGCGUGUUGGUGGACAAGAUGCUGAAGACGCAGGUGGUGGAGUGCAGCGCGGUGGCCACAUGGCUCUUCUCCAAGGACAUGGCGCCGCACUUCACACACAACUAUCUCUGGGAGAUACUGCAUCUCACCAUUGAUAAGAUGAACAAGCACGUGUCUAAACUUAGUGGCGAGCUGCAGGAGGCGCGCGAGGCUCUGGCGCGCGCGGACUCCAGCAGCUCCGACUCAGAAGAUGAGGGAGGCACCAAGAAGAAGAAAGAUCAAGACAAACCUACUGAAGAGGCUGUGGAGCGCAUGGAGGAGCGCUUAGAGUUGGCUCACACGGACCAGAAGCGGCUGUUCCUGAUCGUGUUCCAGCGCUUCAUCAUGAUCCUGUCCGAGCACCUGGUGCGCUGUGACACUGACGCGCGAGACCCCAACACACACUGGUACCGCAGCACUGUCGCCAGGCUCAGGCAUGUCUUCCUCGUGCAUCACGAGCAGGUGCAGAAGUACAGCAGCACGCUGGAGACGUUGCUGUUCACGCAGGACCUGGACCCUCACAUCUUAGAUGUGUUUCACCAGUUUGUGGCGCUCACCGCCUAGCGCACCCCCCACACCCCCCACACCCCACACGCGACCCCCCACACC